UUCAUUAUAGUUAAUUUUGACUAACAUUGUUUAUUUCAUUAUACUGUAAAAAGCAUAAUGACAGACGAAACAAAACAUUCAAUUGAUGAUAAUGAAAUGGCUAAUUUAUCAUUCUUUGGACAAGUUUACAAUCGUUUUAUCAUUGAAGAUUCAUAUCGCAAUCAAUUGCUCAAUCAUUUGGAACAGGAUUCAGUUCCACAUUAUGGCUUUGUAUUUAAUGAUAAUCAUCGUAUAAAUGAGAAUAUUAAACAUUUAGAUUCCGGUUCUUAUGCACAUGUUUAUCGUCUAUUCGAGCCAAACAAAAUGCUAAAAUUUGAACAUAAAAAUCAUAUAAGGAAUCCUGUCAUAAUAAAAAUGAUACCAUUGUUGGCCGAAGAAUUAUUACAACGUUUGACCGAUUUUCAUCGAAUCAGUUCAUAUAAUGAUGUGCAUAAUGAAUGUAUAAUACAACGUACAUUAUCACAAUUGAAUGGUCGUUAUCAGCAUAGUGAUGGUCGAAUUUAUAUGUGUACUACAUUUCCUCGAUUGUUUCGAUCGACGUUGAUUCGAGGUCCAUUGGGUUCUUGUUUCGAUGUUCAAACAAACAACAACGACGAUGACGACAAUGUUGAUGAUAAUGAAGAAGGAUUACCAUUUAUGAACAACGUUUCGGAUGAAUUUAAUUUAACCGAUCAAAUACCACAAGAAUAUAUGAUGUUAGUAAUGGAAGAUUGUGGAUUGCCAAUAACCGAUUGUUUGCAACAAAUCAAACCAUUAGCCUGUGUAUCAAUAGUAAAACAAUUAAUUAUUGGCCUAAUGAUUGCCGAAACAGUAUUUCAAUUUGAACAUCGUGACCUUCACGGUGGUAAUGUACUUGUACAAACAACAAACAAAACAAUGAUUCAUUAUAUAAUGAGAAAUCGUACAUUUUCAUUACCAUCCUAUGGUUGUAUGAUCAAAAUAAUUGAUACUACUUUUUCACGAAUACGAAUCGGACAAACUGUUUAUCAUAAACAAUUAUCAUAUUUAUUUACAAGUGAUAAUCUUAGUUCAAGCAAAAGUGAACAAGAUCGUACUUAUGAACGAAUGAAUCAAUUAGUUACCAGUAAUGAUCAACAUUGGAAACAAUAUCAUCCACAAACUAAUGUAAUUUGGAUUGAAUAUAUUAUUGGUAAAAUAUUACGGUUAUUAACACCUGUCGAUGGACAAUUGGCGGUUGAAUCAAACAGCAACAAUGUAAAAUCCAGGACAGCAACUACUAACCACGUAAUUAGAUUAUUGACAAACUAUACAAAAUUGACUGAUAAUUGUAGUUCGGCCACCGAAUUAUUUGAUAAAAUAGUUGCCGUUGCUAAUAGAAACAAUGAUGAUCUAUGUCGUAUACGAUUCCAUUAAAAUUCCAGAAGAAAA